AUGGGUGGAGGUGGAAAGAUCCCGUACCCCAAGGAAGUCUGGUCCCCCGCUGGUGGUUGGUACGCCCAGCCAGGCAACUGGAGGGCCAACACUGCCAUCAUGGGCGCCUUCGUCGUUGGUAUUGCCGCCAUUGCCUUCAGCAUCAGUGCCGACCGAGAGCACCGCGAUAAGAUGCCCGAACCUGGCAGAUUCUUCCCCAGCCGAUACUGGAGCCGAGAGAUCCGCGAGCACGAGAAGCAACAGGCCGCCCAGAACCCGCAAUAG